AUGCAGGAUCACGACUGGCAGAUCCUCGGGCUCACCGCCGUGGGCACCCUCAGCCUUGUCUCCAUCGCCACCGCAGGCAUUGCCACAAGUCCUUCGAGGGCCGCCGUCACCUACGAAAAUCUGGUUCCUGGUGUUCUUCCGAACCUUCCGGUUGGCCCUGCGCCGUCAUCAGCCAUGGCAACCUUUGACAGCGUGCAGUCGCCGCCGCCCGCGACCUUCUGGGGUCCGGAUCCCGUCCCCCUGCAGCAGCGAUUCGCGGCCAUCAAGCGCAGCCUUAUCGCCGGCCACGAGACCGAGCUGGAGACUUGCUGGGCUAGACUCAUCGACGCCCUGAGGGUCGAGGUCGAGCAUGUCGAGCUUCUCGGCGCCCACCUCGUCCCCUCCAUCGAAUUCGCCGACCUCGCCGAUCCGGCCCAGACAUCCCGCUUCGGCCGCGACCUACGUCGCUAUGGCGUCGGCGUCGUUCGCAAGGUUUUCCCCCGCCGUGACGCAGAAGCUUCUGCCCUUGACACGAUUCGGUACCUCGACAGCCGGCGGCCACGAGGCGGAGGCGUUGCGACCGGACCCUCGGAAGCAGGCGUCGCAGCGCCUCGUCAGGCGAACGCUCGACCUCAUGCUCGGUCUCAUUCGCAUUCUCAUUUUCGCGCCCCAAGACAGGACCCGACAUGCCUAGACUGCUUCUGGACCCCGGCUCAAGUUCGUGCCCGGGCCCAUCCGAAUGUCCUAUACGCCCAGCGGUUCAUGAUGAGCCUCUGGGGACCCGUCGCCGACAAGCGCUUUGCCACGCAUCUCCCCAUCGCCUACGUGGACAGGAUACGGAUUCAUGGCGGAGGGUUUGGACCAGAAUCUACCGGUGGAUUCAACGCCAACGACACCAACGCGGCCGCUUCCAAUGCUUCACCUCCGCCUGCCAACAUGGCAUUCUCGCCGCCGCAGCAGAAUCCGCAAUCAUUCUUUGCCAACCAGUCCGCCGACGACUGGAUCAAUGCGCUGCAGUCCUCGGCUGGCAUCAUCGCCCAGGUCGACAACGGUUCGCUUGAGAGGUGGGAGCCCGACGGAUACGGCCGGAGCGGCACAUACGACCGCAUCUUCCAUGGCCGCUGGGAGGACUACGAUCCCUGGGAAUGUUCCAGUCGAGUGAACUCGACCAUGGACUUGUACAACGGGUACGGUGCCUGCACUAUUUUUCGCAUGUUCCAAGGACUUCUUGCGCUCUCUACGAUAGAACCCGGCAUGCUGCGUUUGUUUCCCUCGCCAAAGCUCGUCACGGCCUAUUAUCUCCUGCGGCCCUUCUUCACUCCUCGCACACCUGCCCCAGCCUCGCGCACCGGCCCAGAAUGGGACGCUUACCUCGCGGCGAGCAAUUGGAGGCUGCAACGGGAACCGGACACCAUCAUUCACGGCGCCGUCCCUGGUCAUGCUCAACGGGUGACGGAACACUGGCACCCGCAUCUCUGCCUCAGGAGCAGCCUCGUCACGCUCCCUACCCUCCAGCCUGGCGAUUACAUCUUUUGGCACCCUGAUUUGCCCUACCACAUCUCCAACGGCGCCGGCCAUGGAAUGCAAACACCAAGCGGCAACGCAGCUGGCGCCGACGAGAUCAGCAUGCUCGUCUACAUUCCCGCCGCGCCGCUGACACAGACAAAUGCGCUGUACCUCGCCCGUCAACGCAAGGCCUUUCAGCGAGGAUACCCGGGACCCGAUUUUGACUCGGCCGGUACGGGCUUCGUCGCCGAGGAUCCCUCAACGAGGCCGGGAGAAAGUGAGAUGGAGUUCGUUGGAGGGAUCGAUGGGCUGAGGGCCAUGGGGUUGGCAAGGUGGAACACGGACGAUGUAAAGGACGAAGUCGCCGGGCUUGCCAAUUCUAUCCUGUUCCCAGAGUGA